CCUUCAUCUCGAGAUCAAAUUAAACGCGUUUCAUCAUGGCUGCCAAAAGACCUUCCGAUGCUGAAUUAACUCAAAAAUAUAACCAAUACAAGAAUGAAUUACAACAAUUAGCCCAGAAAAUUGGUGAAUUAGAGUCGGAAGUCGAGGAACACAAGCUUGUUAUCGAUAGUAUUUCACCACUCGAACCUGGACGUAAAUGCUUCCGUAUGGUAGGAGGUGUUUUAGUUGAAAGAACAAUCAAUGAAGUUUUGCCUGCUUUAGAGACCAAUUUUAAUGGUAUUCAGCAAGUCAUCGAAUCCUUAUUACAAUCUUACAAGCGUAAAGAAGAGGAAUUUGUUGAAUUCCAAAAGAAGUAUAAUAUCCAAGUUGUAUCCAAACAGCAACAAUAAAAAAGUAUGAGAUAUAUUACUAAAAAACGAGGAUAGCGUUAAUAUUUGGCAUGGUAAAAGGAGUGUAAAACAGUACGAAUGCAGUUGAUAAAUUUUUGUACACUUCCUGAUUGUGAAAAAAGUCCAGGAUAGCACUCGAAUAAUAAGGGUAAAAAAAAAUCAACGUUCCUCCACCACUAUUUUUUAUAUUGCACUUUUCGAUGAUAACUCUUCAGCAUCAAAGAAAAGAUUCCAGUUCUAAGUUUUUAAACUGGUC